AAUGUGCCCCCCGACCUGGCCAUCUGCUGCUUCAUCCUGGAGCAGUCCCUGUCCGUCCGAGCCCUGCAGGAGAUGCUGGCCAACACGGUGGAGGCCGGCGUGGAGUCAUCCCAGGGUGGGGGACACAGGACGCUCCUGUACGGCCAUGCCAUCCUGCUCCGGCACGCCCACAGCCGCAUGUAUCUAAGCUGCCUCACCACCUCCCGCUCCAUGACUGACAAGCUGGCCUUCGACGUGGGACUGCAGGAGGACGUAACAGGAGAGGCCUGUUGGUGGACGAUGCACCCAGCCUCCAAGCAGAGGUCAGAAGGAGAAAAGGUCCGUGUUGGGGAUGACCUCAUCCUCGUCAGUGUCUCCUCUGAGCGCUACCUGCACCUGUCGACAGCUAGUGGGGAGCUCCAGGUGGACGCCUCCUUCAUGCAGACGCUGUGGAAUAUGAACCCCAUCUGCUCCCGCUGCGAGGAGGGCUUUGUGACAGGAGGCCAUGUUCUCCGCCUCUUCCACGGACACAUGGAUGAAUGUCUGACUAUUUCCCCUGCAGACAGUGAUGACCAGCGCAGACUUGUCUACUACGAGGGAGGAGCUGUGUGCACCCAUGCCCGCUCCCUGUGGAGGCUGGAGCCACUGAGAAUCAGCUGGAGUGGGAGCCACCUGCGCUGGGGCCAGCCGCUUCGAAUCCGCCAUGUUACCACUGGGCGGUACCUGGCACUCACCGAGGACCAGGGCCUGGUGGUGGUUGAUGCCAGCAAGGCACACACCAAGGCCACCUCCUUCUGCUUCCGCAUCUCCAAG